CUGUAUAUACCGGUGGCUCAUUUGUGUUCGCGAUUUUUGUUUGUUUUAGUUCGGCUACGUUUGUUGUUGGUGUUGUUCUGUUGUUCCCGCUGUAGUGUUGUUGUUUGUUGUUCGUGUCACGUGUCGAUCGUGUCAUGUUCCUGUCUGGUAAGGCGUUUGAAACGCUGGGUGAAUUACCGAAUUCUACAAUGGGAGUUACAAUUUGAUUCAUGCAUACAUUCCCACUUUAUCAAAGAAAGUGAGUAUGCCUAUGGUGGACAAGUUCGUUUUCAGAAGUAAAUGAUAAGCAAAGCGAAACGUCAGUGAGCGACCAUGUGGGACAUCCUACAUAUCUGAGUGUGGUAUGUCCAACAAGUUAGUUAUCUGAGUGACCAUGUCCAAACGAUCAAAUAUUAUCUGAGUACGAAUGGACAUGAUUGAAAAUUCUAUUUUCUGAAAGUGAGUGACCAUGUUUGAGAAAUCUAUAUUCUGAAAGUGAGUGACCAUGUUUGAGAAAUCUAUUUUCUGAAAGUGAGUGACCAUGCCCGGACUCUGAGUGGGCCGGUGGAGGCGCGGUAAUGGGCCUCCGAUGUUGUCCUGGACGGUCACUCUGGUCAUGAACAGAGCGGAAGAGGUCCAACUGUUCCGGAAGUCUCGUGAGGUGCAAGUGCUGCGGAGGUCCCAAGAUGACUUGGUGCUCAGUGUGCUCAAGGCCCCCCUCGGUCACUCUCCGCCCGCCACAGGUCAGACUAACGUGGGGGUCGCCACGACCAGCGAGGACGACGACCACAACGACGCCGACGUCUCUGAGAAGGCCCGACUGCAGAAUGACUCACGUGUAUCCAUCGUCUCCCAGCGCCGCAUGCCGAGGUACGGCGAAGCCCACCACAAGCGCGUCCCAACGCCGAUGAAGAAGCGCCGCAACCAGCGUCGCUACGAGCGCACCGCACCAGCGACGCCCAACUCCGAGGCGGAGGACGCCGAAGAGGAACCAGCGCAACCAGCUCCGCCCGCGGGUGUACCGGACCCCUACUAUCCUAUAUAUCUUCCAAUAGACCAGGCGUUCAAGGCGAAAUACAUCUUCCACCAGAGAAGAGGGAAGACCUUCCAGGAACGAGUGUACGUGUUUCUGGAACACCCUGUAGGCUGGGUCUGCUUCGUCUAUCACUUCAGUGUAUUCAUGGUGGUGCUGGUGUGCCUGAUAUUCAGUGUACUGUCCACGAUAGAAGCGUACUCAAACUUCGCCAACGAAACACUGUUUUGGAUGGAAAUAUGCCUGGUCGUGUUUUUCGGCGUGGAGUACAUAAUAAGGCUAUGGUCCGCAGGAUGCCGCUCCAAAUACAUGGGCUGCUGCGGUCGCCUACGUUUCAUCCGAAAACCCAUUUGUAUUAUAGAUUUAAUCGUAGUUGUAGCUUCCAUUGUAGUGUUAUCGGUCGGUUCGAAUGGUCAAGUGUUUGCAACGUCUGCCAUCCGAGGGAUCAGGUUCCUUCAGAUCCUACGUAUGCUCCAUGUAGAUCGCCAAGGCGGCACGUGGAGGCUGCUGGGAUCCGUUGUAUUUAUUCACAGACAGGAGUUGAUUACGACUCUCUACAUAGGGUUCCUGGGUCUCAUAUUCAGCAGUUACUUUGUGUACCUCGCAGAAAAAGAUGCUCUUGGUCCUGACGGGAAAACGGGUGAUUUUGCAAGCUACGCAGACGCACUGUGGUGGGGAGUUAUCACAGUCACCACUAUUGGCUAUGGGGACGCAGUUCCUCAAACGUGGAUGGGGAAGAUUGUUGCCUCCUGCUUCAGUGUGUUUGCAAUUUCAUUUUUCGCACUACCAGCUGGUAUUCUGGGGUCGGGGUUUGCCCUCAAAGUGCAGCAGAAACAAAGACAGAAGCACUUCAACCGGCAGAUCCCCGCAGCGGCCAUGUUGAUCCAGUGUCUUUGGCGGUGCUAUGCAGCUGACAAGAGCUUCAACAGUCAGGCUACAUGGAACAUCUACAUCAAAGAGCCCAACACCACCAAGGAGAACUCCAGCACUGGCAGAUCACUGAUGCUUCAAGUGGCAAAGAAGGCUAGUGUGUUGAAAAGACGGAAGUCCCGCAACAAGAUGGAGCCUCCGCAGUCGCAGGUGCAGAGUCAGCCGGAGUGUAACAACAGGCGAGACAGUGAAGGUGACGUUGUCUUCUACAUCGAGGAGCCUAAGGCUGGGACGCCCAACCGAGUUCGGAGGGAGGGCAGCACCGCUACUGCUGGAGGUCGAGGGUUCACCAGUCAAACCAGCAGCAUCACUGAGGUGGCCAGCGACGAGAUGGAUAUCGAGAUUGAACCUGAGAGAGUCACCUCGUUAACAGAAGUGCACAAGAAUGCCAUCAGAGCAAUACGUAAAAUAAAGUAUUUUGUUGCGAGGCGAAAAUUUCAGCAAGCUAGAAAACCUUACGAUGUCCGUGAUGUGAUUGAACAGUAUAGUCAAGGCCAUUUAAACAUGAUGGUCAGGAUAAAGGAGCUGCAGAGAAGGUUAGACCAGACCCUGGGGAAACCUGGCAGCUAUCUGGCUGGCAUUGAUAGAUCUGGCAACGUCAAACCUAUGACGAUAGGGGCACGACUCUACAGGGUAGAGCAGCAGCUGUCAAUCAUGGACAAGAAGCUGGAUCAACUAAUGUAUAUAGCCAAUGCACAGACGCACCAUAGAUUGUCCACGCCUGCGAUGGAAGAACAGCUGAUUUGAUAAGGAGUCAGGAAAGAAUUGUUUAAACCUAAAGGAAUUGUGUGAAACUCGCCGAAAUAGAAGUUCUAAAACACAGCUGUCGUCUUUUAUCCAAUGGGACCAUGAUGCAAGAUAUUGCUACUUUAAUCCUCAGAUUGAAUUUAACACUAAUGGAUCAGUAGUGUAUGUUUAACUAAAUUAUAUGAUUCUAGUUGUGCACUUUUGUAGUGAAUACGUACAAAAAUAAGCUUGGGAUUCAACUUAGUAGCCUAAAAGACAUUUUAUACGCAGUUCUCACCCCAAAAAUGCUUCCAUGUACAUUUUUUAGUGUUUAAGACUCUUAACACGGCCACACACUGCUUCCAUAGCUUUUCUAUUGUCAGGAGGUUCUUCUAUAACUGUUUUUGAACCCUCAAAUGUUUUAUUUUGGUUAUAAAGCUGCAUCAUUUUUCUGUUUUGAUAUGAGUUAGUUGGGUUGGAUUGUUCUUCAUUCUACAUUUUCACACAAAGAAAACACUGAAAGCAGAUCCAAAAUUAUGGCAAAGAAUGACAAGUAUCUAAGACAACAAAAGUAAGUUUUAAACCAAGUUUCCAAUGUUAAAUGCUAUAAUCGCAUGCUGAUGGAGAAUGUAAAUAUAAAUAGCCAAACUCAUUGACGAUUUUUGAUCAUUCAAAAUAAAUUUCUUAUCAAUGUUGGUAAGGUGUUCAUAAGGUAGUGUAGUCAUACAACUGUGCACAAGCUUAGAAGGUAAACAAACCAAUUGAUAAGGUAAGCUUUAUAGUUUGUCACACUUGUAAAAUUCAAAGGUAAAAAGUGUAAGAUUGAAAAGUAAAAUAAUGCAAACAAUAUUGAAACCAUUUGUAGUUGCCUGUUGUAAAUAGUAUCUUAAAUACUCAAUUUCAAAAGUAAAAGGUAUUAAUAUUACUAUUUAUUGUGAAUAUUAAUUACCUUUAAUUAUCAUAUCAAUUGAGUGGUACUAAACUAAGAAAAAUAUUUUAUAUAACUGUCAGUUUCUUUAAUCUUUUAACUGUGUUAAAAAAAUAUCACUUGGUGGAGAUUCGACACUAACUUUCCAAAAUGUUAGUAUCAUGAACGUUUUGAUUUGGUUGGUAACCAGAAUUAAACACCUCUAAUUCUGUGAGAAAUCAUAGAAAGAGGCCAAAACCAUUACUUAUUUACUCUAAAAUAACUCAUAAUCUUAAUAAAACCAAAAUAGAUAUGAAUAUGUGUACAACUGAUUAGGCUACUAUCAUGAAAUAAAAAAGUUCUUUUGUGGUUGAUUGUUUCAAAUAGUAAAUUAUUGUUUUCAACAUAAUUGUAACCAUAAACAUGGAACUAUGUAAAAUAACUCAAAGGCAAUGUAUAAUUCUUUUAUUUUUUAUGAAAAAUUUAUCGUUAAAUGGAGCAAUGGUGUCCAAAUACUGAUAACCUCCAAUAUUACCUUUUAGGAUGUAAAUAACUCGUAAGCUACAGUGUUUGUCUCUCAAGUGUUAAAAGUAUUUUCUUCCACAGACAAAAGGACACCUCAUCUACAUCAAAUGGUGCUUUGACUGUUACUUUUAGGGUAAUUUCUACGCUUUCUUGUUUACAUUGUGAUAUACAUGUCGUCGGCUGAAUCUAUGUGUGCGGCACAACCAGUGAGCGGGAUUAUAUUUCUUGUUGAUUUUGUGAUACUUUUAGAAUCAAAAGUUUAUUAGUUAUGUUGAUUGUUACCACUGUACUAUAUUGGAUUUCUGUAGAUAAUCUUUAUUCAUUGCGCGGGUUGCUAUUGAAUGAAAUUUGUGUGUUGAAAUGUAAUAUUAAGGUUUAUUCUGCUCUGUGUAUUUGGUGAGCAUAUUUUUAAGUACCAGAUUUUCAUGGUAAUAAUUUUAUGUUAUACAUAAAAUUUAGUAUUUCUUCUUUAACUGUUUUUCAUCAUGCAGCGGAGUUAAUUUGCUGUAAAAUUAUAAUUUAGUAUUGUUCUUUAUUACUUUUAACUAUGAACAACCAAACUGAAUGAUUUAUGAUGUAAAUAUGUCCGUUACAUUCAACACACAUAGUUUUCCUUGUAAUAUAUUAUCCUAUUAUAUCUAGUCUAACUAAAAGCAAUGAGUGAGAACUGCAAUUUAUAUAUAAGUCUAUAAUGCUGAUCCUAUGCCUUAAAUCUUAGUACAUAGACAUCGAAAUAUAUUUGACUUCAUUCUUAUUUAUUUGUAGUGCAUAGUUUGUAUAAUAUACAGUUAAGCGUACGAUUGAUAGCCUGUUUCUUUUCAAUAUGUACUCAUCAUCACUGAUAUUCUAUUUUACAACACUUUGAAUUUUAUUUAUAAAUAA